GUCGGAUGUGUCGGAUGUCAUAAACGUCAAUCCUUUCUUUUACAAGUGAAAAUGGCGGAUCAGACCGAAAAGGCAUUUCAAAAACAACCAACCGUUUUUCUCAACCGCAAAAGUGGAGGAAAGAAAAAUUUAAGACAUUCUCGCAGUGUAGGGCUCGGUUUUAAAACUCCCAGAGAGGCAAUUGAAGGAUCUUACAUUGACAAGAAAUGCCCAUUCACUGGAAAUGUAUCAAUCCGUGGCCGUAUUCUCACUGGAGUUGUUCAAAAAAUGAAGAUGCAAAGGACUAUUGUCAUCCGUAGAGAUUAUUUGCAUUAUAUCAGGAAAUACAAUCGUUUUGAGAAGAGGCAUAGGAAUAUGUCUGUACAUCUGUCACCCUGUUUCAGGGAUGUGGAAAUUGGAGAUGUAGUUACAAUUGGUGAAUGCAGACCCCUUUCAAAAACAGUUAGAUUCAACGUAUUGAAAGUAACUAAAGGUAGCAGUUCAAAGAAGAGCUUCAGGAAGUUUUGAGUUAUGAAACAUUUUUAAAAUAAAAAUCUUAUAAAAUAUGUU